AUGAAGGCCUUUAGGCGAUCUCUAAAGGGGGACAAAGAUCCCAAACAUCACCAUAUCUCUAUUACACCCAAGUCAGCUAUUGCCAUUCUACCCCCCAAAAAAGUGAGAGUUCCUUGCGCAAUAUUCGCCAGUUGGGUUGAAUUCGCCCCUCCUUGUCCCACUUUCGAACUCGUUCUUGGCGUGCUAGGGGGGCUUGUGCCCGUCUCCUUUUUUGAGGUUAUCGGCAAAAACGAGAGGGAUAGUGGGGGUUCCGGCGACCUGUCCAAGGACCACGAUUCAGCAUUCUCCAACCGCGGUCUUUCCCAAGAUUCUCCCAUCUCCAAAAACGGCAUAUUCAGGAUGUCUGCACUCAAGGGUCAAGGCGCCAUGGUCUACGGAAUUGUCCAGUACGAUUUUCAGGCAGAGCGACCCGAUGAAUUGGACGCGAAGGCAGGCGAAGCAAUUAUCGUCAUCGCCCAAUCUAACCCGGAGUGGUUUGUCGCCAAACCCAUCGGUCGUCUCGGUGGCCCCGGCCUGAUUCCCGUUUCUUUCAUCGAGUUGCGGGAUAUGCAGAGCGGACAGGCUGUGGCCGACCCGCUUGACGCAGUGCGACGCGCCGGUGUUCCCAAGGUUGAAGAGUGGAAGAAAAUGACGGCGGAAUACAAAAACAGCAGUAUCACACUGGGCAAAAUUGAGGCUGGUCAUGGCGGUGGCAACAUGAUGGCUGUCAACUCGGGCAUGGAAAACAUGCCCAUGGGCCACCAGAGUCAAAUGAGUCAAAAUAGCAAUGUUUAUGAGCACCAACGUAACGCUAGCAAGGGAACUUUGUCACAGGUGCCCAUGGCGCAACAGAGCUACCAACUUCUCAUCCCCAUUUCCGCCUACAUUCCGCGCUACUGUUUCGAUAACGACAAGUAUUGGUACAUUAUCGAGGCGAAGAUGGAAGACGGUCGCUGCUGGGAGCUGUCGCGUUAUUACCACGACUUCUACGACUUCCAAAUCGCCCUCCUGACUCAAUUUGAAGACGAAGCUGGCAACCGGGGCCGUGGGCGAACCCUUCCUUUCAUGCCGGGUCCUGUCACCCACGUCACGGACGCGAUUUCCAACGGCCGACGACAGAACCUGGACGAAUACAUUAAGAAGCUCCUGUCUAUGCCCCCGCAUAUUUCGCGUUGUCAACUCGUAUGCGAACUCUUCUCGCCCCGAGAAGGCGACUUCGAAAUCGACCCCAAUGCGUUUGGCGAGGAUGCCCGAUUCUCGGGUGGAUCGCAACACUCCGGCGGGGAACCCCAGCAAACCGUGUCGCGCCAAUCUUCGCAGCAGCAAAUCAAUGCGUCCACCGAACGGGUAUCCCAGCAGCGUGCCCCAGCACCCACACCCACACCCGCACCCUACACCAAUGGUGGCCCCCCCGCCCAUGAACCGCCAAGCCAGCUCCAUUACCCAAGCCUCGGCCGCGUCGACCAACAGCGCGAUGAAGGUCAAGGUGAUGACCUGAUUGCGAUUCGCAUCCCAUCCGGCGUGAGUAUGCAGCACCUCAAGGACAAGCUAUGCGACCGGUUGAAGAUCCAGGAUGAUAUUGUUGUGCAGUACCGUGACGAAUCCUCCGGGUCCUAUAUCGAUCUCUAUACAGAUCAGGAUCUGGAGAAUGCCAUGCAGCGGAACACCAAGCUGACCCUCUUCGUCAAUGUUGCAUAA